GGAUGUGUUAAAGAAGCAGUUCAUUCGGAUUACUGUUUAGCGAAGUUCGGUCAGUCGCUUUAAUCGGUUUUGUCCCAGAUAUUUUGGACGUGUUUGAUUUUAUUGGAUCACAGGAUGGCAAUACUUUAUCAUACACCAGCUUGUAUUCUAAUUAUUCAGUGGACACUUUGGGAUUGACAUUUGAUGUGAAAGGAAUAUUAUUUCAAAAUGUCGACAGCGCUAAUUCUGAGAUCAUGCUACUAUUCGAUGACAGUGGCUAUGCAUAUGUGAACAACUUUGUACAAAACACCCGUCCAUCAGUAAUCCUUGGAAGUACGAAAGGAAGUCAGCUAUUGAAUCACUUAGGUAAUUAUGUUGGUAAGGCCUGGUCUGCUGAAGAUGGCUAUCUGCAGUGCAGCACGACCAGCUUGAAAACGUCAGAAAACACAUGGCCAUCAGUUACACUGGCACUUUUCAUUACUAAACCUAUUCCUUUUAUACGAGAAUUUUUGGCAACAGUAAGCCGUAUAUCUUAUCCCACUUCCAAAAUUGACAUUUAUUUUUACAAUAAUCAAAAGUACAAUGAGGAAGAGAUUGAAAAGUUUUUGCAAAAUGCCAAAAAGUUGUAUCAAACGGUGGAAUACGACAACAGUGACACUGAACUGGGUGAAAGAGAGGCCAGGAAAGCUGCUCUGACUUUUGCUAAAGAAAUGUUAAAUGAUUUUAUAUUCAUGCUGGAUGGCGAUGUUCAUCUGAUUACACCUGAAACACUGCAACUGUUGGUUGACACUGCCAUUGCUGGAAAAUUUGGUAUCAUUGCACCGCUUGUAACUCUCCACGGCAAACUGUUUUCAAACUUUUGGGGUGCGCUGGACAGUAAUGGGUAUUACUUACGUUCAGAAGAUUAUAUUGAAAUAGUAGAUGGAAAACGAACGGGAAUAUGGAAUGUACCUUAUAUCAGCAAGGCUAUACUUAUCAGCAAAGAGAAGAUUAAAGUACUUGAGAAUAGCUACACCUACAACGUUAUGGUUGACGCCGAUAUGAGUUUUUGUGAGUACGCACGAGAGAUGGGAUACUUCAUGUACGUUGAUAAUCAGCACUAUUAUGGAUUCUUGGUUGAUGCUGAGGAUUUCGUCAGCGAUGAGAGGCUACAUCCGGAAAUGUAUGAAAUAUUCAAAAAUCGAUAUGUAUGGGAACAGCGUUACAUACAUCCAAAAUAUUAUGAAGCACUGAAUAGUAGGAACAUCCCUCAGCCAUGUCCGGAUGUUUAUAACUAUCCUUUAAUGUCUGAAAAUUUUACAAAGGAAUUGAUUGAAGAAAUGGAACAUUAUGGACUUUGGUCAAGUGGGAAAAAUGAAGACAACCGUUUAGCUGGUGGAUAUGAAAAUGUACCAACUGUUGACAUUCACAUGAAACAAAUAAGUUUUGAAAAAGAAUGGUUGUACUUUCUCGAUGAAUAUGUUCGCCCAAUGCAAGAAAAGCUUUUCAUCGGAUACUAUCAACAACCAGUAGAAGCAGUAAUGAUGUUCGUUGUCCGAUACAAGCAAGGUGAGCAGUCUUCGUUACAAGCUCACCACGAUGCUUCAACAUAUACCGUGGAUAUUCCUUUGAAUAAGCGUGGUAGAGACUAUGAAGGUGGUGGUAUCCGUUAUGUUCGUUAUAAUUGCACCGUUCCCGCUGAUCAGAUUGGAUAUGCAGCUAUGUUUCCAGGACGGUUGACCCAUCUGCAUGAAGGCCUUCCAGUUACCAGUGGAAUUCGAUAUAUUGCUGUAUCCUUCCUCAAUCCAUAGAAUACUUUUUUGGUUUGUCGAAAAGACUUUGUAAAAAUCACCCCUCAUAAAACAAAUUGUUUGGUAAUCUAUUUGACCUGUUUCGAAAUCCAUAUUUUGAGUGUUCAUUGGCAGCUUUGUUCAUUACAUUUCACUGUUUUUGUGCUGCAUCACUCUCAGCCAGUUUUUCAUAAAAUUGAUGUCUUUUUCCUAGUUGCCAUAUCGAAAGCAUUUAUUGAUUUGUUUGGUAUGUCAGAAUAACAAAAUUGUAAUCAUUGGAAUUAUUUAAUCCAUUCUUAAUUUAUCUUCCAUAUUGCAUCAUUUUAUUACUAUGUCAAAUGAACGACUGUCUUCGUGAUGGGAUUCGUUUUGAUUUCUACGUUUUAUUGAAUUUUUUUCUGUUCUACUAGCUUAUGCUUUAAAUGAUGCUUUAAAUUUUGUAUUUCAUUAAUUACGUACUACUCUGUUAAUUUUAUUUCACGACAGCUUGCCAAGUAAAGUGAAUGUUUGCUUUUCGUCGUUUCC